ACACGGACCCACCCCUGACUGGCGCGAGAGGUCCCUCUCUAGGUUUUGGAGAACUCCGGGGGCGUCAUAAACGGGGUGCCUCACCCCCGGUGCUAAUGGUUCCGGCCGCGCCGCCCCGCCCCUCUCUGGUUGCCGCGGGUUGCGCGCGCCGGGCCCACGUCGCUAGGGCCUGGCUGCGGCGGCGCGUCCGUUCGCGCUGUGCCCGGGGCUGCCCGAGCAGCUUGGGGUCCCGGGGUCCAGGCGGCAGAUAAACUGGGGUGUCGGAAGCACCCGCGGAGGAAUCCACACCAGGUGGGGAAGAGGCAUGAGGUUGCAGCCGACAGCCGCGAGCCGAGAUGCUCAGCUUUACUUAUUAGGUGUGGCUUACAUAUGUGACUUCAGCUUUUGAAGCUUCAGUUUUGUCAUCUGUAGAAUGGACAUAACCGAAGCCACUUCGCAGGACUGUUAAGAGGAUUAAAUGAAACAAUGUUUGUAAAGCUCUUUGCACAAGGGAGUCCUGGAGGCAGGGCCUGGCAGGCAGAGCAUGCCCAGUAUCACUGGGGACCAUGGGCAGCAUGAAAACCCCCGUGGAGCAGACCUUCCACCUUCAGCACCGUUGCCGGGGUGGCUACCGGGUCAAGGCCAGGGCGUCCUAUGUGGAUGAGACUUUGUUUGGCAGCCCUGCGGGUACCCGGCCCACACCACCAGACUUUGACCCACCUUGGGUGGAGAAGGCCAACAGAACCAGUCGAGUGGGCACAGGGACAUCACAGGCCUUGGGGGCCAACGGGAGCUGUGAGAACACCUCCUCCAGGGUCAGCACCCCGACCCUCACACCGAGGAAGAAGAACAAAUACAGACUGAUCAGCCACACUCCUUCUUACUGCGAUGAGUCGCUGUUUGGCUCCCGACCCGAGGGCACCAGCUGGGAGGGCCCGUGGAUGGCAAAGGGGGAUGCUGCAAAACUCCAUGCCCUCUUCUGGACACCCCCAGCCACCCCCAGGGGCAGCCAGUCGCCCCGCCCCAGGGACACCCCACUGCGAGCCGUUCACCCAGCUGGUCCCUCGAAGCCAGAGCCCAAGGUGGCGGCAGAUACCCAGAAGUUGUCCGUGGACGGGUUAGACUCUCCAUGCCCUCCGAGGCGAGAACGUUCCCAUUCCCUCACACACCUGACCGUCCCCGGCACGGGUCGCCCACACACCAGUGCCUCCCACGCCAGUGGGCCUCGGGAUCCCAGGCCUUCCCCGUCGGGGGUGACCUUCCAGAGCCCCCUCGUGACUCCCAGGGCUCGCUCGGUCCGUGUUUCAGUGCCAGCCGCCCCCCAGCGAGGUAGGGCCACCCAGAAACCAAAGCCCCCUUGGAAAUGAGUUUCUUGGUUCUCAGGUUUGCUCAUGGGUCACAGUGAGGGGCACGGUUUCAGAGGAGGGCACUGGUUGGGGGCGCCUCUGGAGAACCAGGGUCUCCUAGGUAACCGCGAGGCAUCGGAGAAGCGCUCGUGGGGGCAGACGCAGCGAGGGCGGGCCGUGCCUCUGUGCUGACAAUCGCCAGUUCCUACCUUUUACCCCGUCGUGUGGAUUUGACGGCCGCCCCUUAAGAUUCCUGUACUGGUGUUGCCAUGGCCACAGGCCGUAUGAGUGCCAACCCAGGGGUGCCCCGGGGAGGGGCCCGCUGCUCCCCCAUCACUCCCACAACGUGUUGCCACCAAGUGUGACUAAGUAGCACGAUCGCCAACCUGGAAGGUCCCUUCUUCUUCAAGCCAAGCUUCCUGCUCAGGAUGAGUUUCCAGCUGAGUCUGGAGUUUUCCCAGGCACAGCGUGGGGACCGUGGGAAACAGGAUCUGGGUGACAUGUGGGUGGGCAUUUUUUAACUUUAAUAAUCAUGUAUUUGUUUCCAUGUAUUAAAUAUAUCAGUAGCGUAUCAAAGCCACGACUUUGACUAAUUUGAUUUUCCUUAGGGGAAAGGCCACCACAGGCCCGGGUUGAAUUAAGUAACAAAGUUAAAUAAUGUAACAAGGAAGUGGCAGAAAUCACGACAGUGGCGAGUUGGCCACUUGAAGUUUGGGAACAUGGGCCUCGUGCAUUUUCCACAUUUGCCGAAAGAACAGUGACGAGGACCUUGCCGAGUAGAGGGGUCCAGGAAGGCCAGAAAGUUAGACGUGCGACUGGAGAGCACUCGGGACAGAGAGGCGGAAGCCGGCCGGGAGCCCCUUCCUCUCCGGCCCUGCCGCUUGUCAUUGGCCACCCUGGGCCGGAGCACUGAUGAGAAAUGGUAAAGCCUUUGCUCGAUGGAGUUGCACCCGGAAUCCCACGAUCCUGCCGGAUUGGGGUGGGGACUGGGCUCUGGCCUCUCUGUGGCCUCUCCUCCCGGCUGCACUGAAGACGGUGACCGCCCACGUGGGAGGAUACUGGGCAGCCGACAGCGAGGCCGUGUGUCUGGAGGGCAGCUGGGAGUGGCGGGGAUGGGGCAGCCUGCGGUGUCUGCCAUCUCAAAGGUGCCGCUGCUCGGCUCGGAGGACAGGUGGCCCCAGGCUAUCCGGAUGAGAUUUUUCCAGGAAAAGCCAGAUUUCUCUAUGAUAGCCCCUGAUUUUUUAAAUGCCAGUAGUGAAUAAAAAUACAUACGAAUAUUCGACUACCUGGGCACCAAAUAAAGCCGGCGUAAGGCUGGAGGCCCUCGAGCUUUCACGGCACUGGAUGAGGGAGAAAUUGGGGGCAAAUGGGUAGCCCCAGAGCGGGGUCUGAGGGCAGCCUGAAACCCUGAUCCUCCCGGAGCCAGGGUCCGGCUUGCCGCUGAGGCUAAAGGAAGGAAUGGUUGUGUGUUGGCCCCCAGCGCGUGUGCCCUCCCCACGCAAAGGGCAUCUACGAGUAGGACACAGACGCGGCCAGCAGCCCUGGGCAAAGCGACGUU